AUGGCCAACACGCCGCCCAGACAGCAGGAUGCUUUCAGCGGCUCCGGCCACUUCUCCGCCCGCUGCCCGCACAGUGCAAGUGUGGUUUUGGUCCGUCACCAUCACGUUGCUUCAGAGCAGCUACUCAGACGCCAUGGCACUGGCUUUAUCGUGUGGUCAAGUGCAGAGGAUUACCUCGUCCUGACGGCGAAUCAUGUCAUCACACUGGAGGAGCAUGAGAUGAAUGAUGAAGUGGAGAUUGUGGUCAAAAUGCCUGGCAGUGGCGACUACCUUCCUGCUACCCUGCUUCGAAGCGAUACAUCCCGUGAUAUCGCGCUCCUUCGGGUUACUAACAAUGAUGAUAAGAGUAAGAUAGCACGCCGGCCCCUCACCUUUGAUGACCGACUUCCCCCACCCGUGGGGACGGUUGUGGUGCUACUGGGUUACUUCGCUCCAGAUGGUGAUGUUCAGAUGCCUUUGAAAGUGUUGCCGAGGAUGAGACUUUUAUGGAUAUUGAUAAAGGGUUUGAUGAGAAGAUCAAGGCAAACUGUCCUUCAAUUGAAGGUUGUUCAGGGUCACCGGCCACUAAUAGCGGAGCACAAGGUUGUGGGUUUGCUUACUAGUGCUGUACAUAGCGUUGACGUGUACCGUACUGUUCCAACUCUGAAAGCGGUCUUCCAACUUUGGCUUCUCGUCGAAGAGACGGACCAACGUACUGUCAAUGACCUCAUACCACUUCUAGCUGCCCUGGAGGCACAAUGA